AUGUCCGUCUGUGUUCUGACACGUCCAGUUUCCUCUGGGAGACUUCACCGGGGCCUUCAAGGCCGCGUUUCGAUUCGGGGCACAGGGCCUCCCCCAAGUGUCCUACGGGCAGGAGCCCGGGGUCUGUUCCCGUUUUCCAUGCCCGCCCCCCUGGACCCCCCGGGUUCCUCCCUUGGGCUAAAUGACAAAUGUAUGCAAACUGAGGCAUGCAAACGAGAGCCUGCUUUGGUUCGGCUUGUCCGCGCCGGGGCGGGCGCGAGCGCCAGGUGGGGACCCCUUCCGGAGGCGGGGGAGGGGGAGCGAGGAGAGGGCCUGCGCGGCAGACGCGCUGCGCCGGCCGUCCACGCGAGGGCGCUCGCGGGCCCGGAGCCCCGGCGCUUCCGUUCCCAUGACACUCUCCGGCGCGGAGGAGGAAGGAGCUUGGCCAGUUCUCGCGAGAGGCGCCGAGGGAACGGAGCGGCGGGAGCCGGCGGGCGCGGCAUGGCCGACGUGAUGGUCUACGGCAAGGAGGGCUCCAGCCGCCUGGGCUGGACGCGGCUCCGCCGAGCCCGCUCCCCGCUGGGCGUGGGCCGCCGGGCGCGGCGACGGGCCCGCUCCUUGACUGUUGGGAGCCAGCGGCGGCUGCGGCUGCGGCUGCAGCAGGCCGAGGCCGCCGGCGUGGCCUGGCUCGACGACGAGGAGGCGGCGGAGGCUCUGGUGGUGGGAGCCGACUGGAGCGCCCGGGAGAAGAAGGCGAGGAAGAAGAAGGCGCGGCGGCGGGAGCGCGCCGAGCGCGAGCGCGAGCAGCAGCGGCUGGAGCGCGAGGAGCGCGAGUGGAGGCAGCUGCGGCAGCUGCGCGAGCUGCGGACGCGGCGCGAGCGCGACGAGAACGCGGAGGAGCUCGCGGCGCCCGCGGCCUCGGCCGUGCCCCGGCCCGAGGCGGCCGACGAGUCGGACGGACCCGAGGAGCCACCCCGGGUGCCGGGCCAAAGCGAGCCCUUUCUAGUGCGGGGCAAGGCCGGCCUCCUGCUGCUGCUGAGCCACACGCAGUCUUUGACCUUCACUGGGAAGUGUCGGAUGACAUGUCUGUAUGGCCGAGUGCAGAUCUUUGGCUUUAUCAUCAACCAGGGCCAUCCACCUUAUGAGCUUUAUUCUCCCCACACCAACUGUGCCCUAAGUAUUGAAGCAAUUAGCUACGUUUUGCCAGAGAAAACCCUAAAGGAUAUGAAGCUGGAAGUCCGGUCUUUAAUCAAAGACCAUCUUUCUUCAGCCAAUGCAAAUAACGUGAUCAAGCAGUUUUCUCCCAUGUGUUCCAUUGUCCUGCUAGAAAGUCUGGAGACCCCUGCCACAGACUUCAUCCUGAGCUAUCCAGCCUUUUCUCACCUUUUCUCAGGAAAGAAACAGGAGAUGUCCUCCUACAGUCUUGAGCAGUUAACGAUGUCUUCUGUCGGCAUUAAGAAAUGUGGAGAAGAAAAUGGCUUUCACUUGUCUGAGAGUAGCAGUUCAGUGAUAGAAGAGUUAAUCACUGCUUGUCGUGAGGAAAUUGAUGGUUGCCCCAUCAUCAUGGCCUGUGGACCCAAGUGCAUCGGCAAGUCCACCUUUAAUAGAUACCUGAUUAACCGGCUGCUGAACAUUAUUCCCUGUGUCGACUUUUUGGAUUGUGACCUAGGACAGACAGAAUUCACUCCUCCUGGUUGUGUUUCUUUGUCUAAUGUCAUAGAGCCUAUUUUGGGGCCACCAUUCACUCAUCAAAGGAAAACUCGGAAAAUGGUCUUUUAUGGUGAUUCUUCUUGUGAAGAUGACUGUAAGAAGUACACAGAGAUUGUGAAGUAUGUGUUCAGUGCCUACCAGAGAGAAGCGCCUCUCAUUAUUAAUACAAUGGGCUGGGUGAAAGGGGACGGACUUCUACUCCUCAUUGACCUUAUUCGAAUGCUGGCCCCUACUCAUGUUGUCCAGUUCAGUUCUGAGCAGUGUCAGGAGAUGCCUCUGCUCACCCCGGACUACGUUGCAGGCAUGGAAGGUUUGCAGACGAAAGGCAAGACCAGAGUCCGAAACAAGCAUCUGGACUGCAGGGAAUCAGAGAGUUCAGGGGAUCCAGACGAAGGGAGCCAGUUUCCCACGGCGGGACACAAACUGUUGCUUGUGCAGUCUGAGUUUGCUGGUGCUGGAGUUGCUCAGCUAACGCAGUGGCAUAGUCCUGUUCUUCGUGAUAUGGCCUUGUUAGGUUACCUUGCCCUGCUGCAGCCACCAGAGGCCAAACCAUUUUUUCCACUACACCAUCUAGUCCCCUUUCAGAUCCCCUUCAGUUCUGUCGCCCUCCGCGUCAUUCACACUGAUGUUGCUCCUACUCAUACCAUGUAUACGGUCAAUGCCAGCUGGAUUGGUCUUUGUAGGAUACUGGAUGAUGUCAAACAGAAAACUGAUGGACCAGUUUUUCUUACAGACAAUCCAGUCUGUGAUUGUGUGGGGUUUGGAAUUAUCCGAGGGAUCAGCAUGGUGAAAAAAGUGUACUACAUUCUGACUCCUCUGUCUCAUGAAAAGUUAAGACAUGUGAAUUGUCUGAUGAUUGGAAAUAUUACUAUUCCUCAUUGUGUCUUCAAGAAUCAGCCCAAGAUUGAGGGGGAUAUCCCUUAUGUUACCUCGGAGUACAAUUUUUCUAUUUGGGGAUCAGGAAAACUCAGAGUCAGAAAACUCCUGCAAAGAAGAGAAUACCUUUAAUGGCCAAUGAACUUUUCACUGAAGAAUUAGAUGGAGCUUUUGGUUUUAAUGAGGGAGGGGGAUGCAGAGACUUGAUGUGAUUUCUCUCUCUGUGCCAGCAGCAUCCCGUGGAAUGAUGUGAACAAUUCUCCAGCCACAAUAUUGUUAAUAGUUUACAAACAUUUUUGUAUUAAAAUAUUUUCUGAAAAUUCUUCUCAAAAUUACAUGUGAUCUGAAAUGCAAAGAGCAUCCCCUGGCACUGCAGGAAGUUGGGAGACUUGGGUUGAGUCUGAGCUCUGCUUUGGGGACUGCAUGACCCUGGACUCAGACUUUUCAACUGGAGAAGGUUGGGGCCAUUCCAGACUGUGAAGUUCUGAUUUGUGCCAGGUCCUUUCACUGAUGACAUUGGAGCUCAUUGACUUAUAAUAAUGGCUUUUCUUUCUUUGGCACUUUAAAGUUUGCAAAAUGCUCUCCUUACUACAACCCUAUGAGGGAAAUCAUGUCUGGAACAUUCGGCCAAGUGAUUUGCGGAAGGUCUCAGAUGGCCCAGUCAGCAUCUGAAAAACCAGGUCCUUGACCAAUGUUUUUACCCCAUCCUGCCUCCCCGUGCAGUUUCUUAUUCAGUGAGCUCCUUAAUUGAGUUAAUACAUGGAAUAAGGACCAAAAAUAGGAGAUUUGGGCCAGUAGAGAGGAAAAGAGGAGGACGAGGACGGAUGACUUGAAUCAGACAUCAGGAAGUCCUGGGGUUCCUUUGGCAUGAAGAUAAACCCAUUCCUUGUUGUUUAAUGUGAUGAUUUAUAUGUACCAGCUACCCAUAUUGGGUAUCAGUCAAUCAUAUUCUGGAUUGAUUGGAGCUAAUAUCGCCUCUUAAUUAUCCUUGACUGCAUUGUAUUGAACCCCUGUUGUCCUGUACUUAAUUAGUUGAAGCAGAUAGAAUCCUACUGCCAUUACAGAGCAUAACUCUGCUUUAGUAAGUUGAUGGUAGUCAUGAAUUAGUGUAGUCUGACACCUUGUCACCUUGCAAGAUGGGCUCUCCGGAUUGAGCUAAUGGCUGUGUGGCGGCUCAACAAUGUACUUUGGGCCCAUUUUCCAGGUCCUAUCUGAUAUUAAGGUCCAUGGUCAGCCUUGGAUCCCAGUGGCAUCCUUUCGAGUGAGGUAUCAGAAUUAAGGUUUCCAUGGAAAGUUUGCUCUCUUGGUGUGGGUUUUUUAACAAGUCUGUGGCUGAUCUAUUAUACUCUUAGAAUAAAUGUAAUUAAUGUUUUUUUCAUGUUUUAGCAGAAAUAGAUGGAAUAAAUUGCCUCCUGAUAUCUUUUUUAAUCCUGUAGUUUGAUGCUCAUCAGAAUCAAGUACAAAUCCUGAAAACCUCCCAAGUAUCUGUGUGUUGAUUUUGCAGAUGGUAGAAUUAUUUAUUUUAAAAACUGUAUAGAGUCAACCAUAAAAUUAAUUGGAACAAUUCAGCAAAGUUGCAGGAUAUAAAACAAAUCCACAUGAAUUAUCAGCAUGUGUGUAUGUUUUCCUGUAUGUUACCAACAAAAUCCAGCAAGAGCUCAUUGGAAAUAACUAGAAGCUAUAAAAUGUUUGGUAACGUAUUACCAACAUACAUAUAGGAAUUCUAUGAAUCCAGCUGUAAAAAACUUUUUGCAGAAAUAAAGACAAACCUGAAUAGAGGAAUGUUAAUUGUUCAUGGGUAGGUCAAGUCAGUAUAAAAAUGAUACUGCUACCUAAAUUAAUUUCUUUAUUUAGUACUAUACCAAUUAAACUACCAGAGGAUUAUUUUAUAGAGAUAGGGAAAAAAUAAACUUCUUGUGGAGGUACAAAAGGCAAGUAUAUCAAAUGUAAUAAUGAAAGUAGAAGGGAAGGAUGCCUUUUGGUGCCAACUCUUAGGCCAAACUACAAAGCCGUUAAUCAUGAAAAUAAUUUGAUCCCAUUUGAAAAAUAGGGUGUUCACUGGAAUAGAUUAGGUGCACUGUACGCAGGUGAAGACUGAUUCCCAGAGUGAGGGCUCACUAGUCCCCAAAUCUGGGAAUUGGACAGCAGCAUGGGACAGUAAUUUAUGCCAUGUGCCCAGAUAAGCUCCACUGUGACACGUGGCCUAUGUUUAAAGAUCACAGAAUAAAUUAGAAUGUGUAUAGAGGAAGAAUUCAUAAACAAGUGACCAAGAGGAUCACAGAAGAUUCAAUAGAUAAUUUUAAUUAUAUAAAACUUAAACUUUUUUGCACAAAGAAGCCUAAUGUUAAAAUUAGAAAGGAAGAAGAUAAAUUGGGGGGGGAGGGAUCUUAAGCAGAUUUUCCCGGCAAAAAGUCUUGUAUUCAAGAUACAUAUAAAGCAACUAAGGUAGGGGGUGCUACAGUGCACAGAGUAUUGGACCAGGAGUCAGGAAAACCCAGUUUGAAUUCAGCCUCUGACUCUGUGACCUUGGGCAAGUUACUGCACCCCUGCCUCACUUCCUUAUCUGUAAGAUGGAAAUAAUAGCACCUACCUCGCAGGGUUGUUGCGAGGAUUAAAUGAGAUUAAGAUAUGUACAAUGUUUUGUGAACCAUAACAUGUUAUAUGGUGGAGAUGUCAAAUAUAUGUAUAACCAUCUGAAAACAUAAAUCCUCUUAAAUUACUAAUAGACAAAUGCAAAGUAAAGUAACUGAGGUCACAUCUCACCCUUCAGAUGGGCAGAGAUGAUGAGCAAAAUGACAAACAUCGAGGGGGCUGUCAGAAAACAGGCACUCUAAUGCACUGCUGAGAGCUCAGAAUUGGUCCUGCUGUUAUCAAGCUGCAUUUAUGCCCUCUGACCCAGUUACCCCUAGUAGGCCUAUACCAUAAUGAGACUGAAGACAGAGGAGAAGGACCUAUGUGUACAAAACCAGAGCAGUUCUUUGAGGGGUAGUCCCAAAUCAAACUCUAUGGAGGUAUUCUAUUGGGGAAUGCUAUGCAGAGUAAGGUAUAUUAAUGUAAUAGAAGUACUGCGUCACAAGAAAGGACAAAGUGGGCAGUUUGAGAGGAAACUGGGAAGACCUUUGAACUGAUGCAGCGUGAAGUGAGCAGAACUAGAACCAUUUAUGUGAUGACAUUAUUGAGAAAAGCGACUUUGAAAGACUUAAGGAUUUUAAGCACUCAUUGAUAAACCAAGAGUCCAGCAAACUGAAGAUGGGACAUGUUCCUCGACCAUUAUGAGAGAAGUGAUGAACUUUAAAUGUAUCAGGCGUGGCUGAUGUGGGCAUCUGUCUUGUUGGAUUAGGCACGUUUAUGAUGAGGCGUUUUUAUUUUAAUUUCUUAUCUCCUGGAAGGGGCGGAGGGAAAAACCAAUGAUAAAUGCAUGUAAACAUUUAUUUUUUUACAAAAUAAAAAUGCACAGAUUAUAAAGGUU